AUGGCCUCAAAGAACCUGGCAAGUCAACCACCACCCCACGGCAGCGACAUCAACGCGACCUGGGGUUUCCUCGAACAGGGAAUCGACCAGAUCAUGAACCGUCUCGAAGACGGUCUCACCUACAAGCGCUACAUGGAGAUUUACACUGUCAUCUACAACUACUGCACCACCAAGGCCGCCCCUGAUGGCAUGAGCGCCUCCAUCCAGACCCGAGGAGCAACCUUGGGAGGCAGUGAUUUGUACUCGCACUUGAUUCGUUACUUCCAGAAGCACCUCGAGGAGACCCGCAAGGACUCUGAAAAGUUCAUGGACGUCUCUCUGUUGGAGUUUUACACAAAGCAGUGGGUCAAGUUCACCGGCGCCUCGACCUAUGUCCACCACUUGUUCACCUACCUCAACCGCCACUGGGUCAAGCGUGAGAUCGACGAGGGUCGCAAGACCGUCCACGAUGUCGGAACUCUUGCCCUUGUGAGCUGGAAGGACAGUCUGUUCAGCCACGUCGAACGCAAUGUCAUGGCUGCCGUUCUUCAAUUAAUCGAGCGUCAGCGUAACGGCGAAGGAGUCGAAACCAGUCUCCUCCGCAACGUCGUCGAGUCUUUUGUUUCAUUGGGCUUGGAUGAAAACGAUUCAAAGAAGACCACCCUCGAGGUAUACCGCCAGUACUUUGAGAAGCCCUUCAUCGCUGCCACAGAAGUCUACUACAAGAUGGAGUCUGAAAAGUUUUUGAGCGAAAACAGCGUUACCGAGUAUAUGAAGAAGGCCGAGGUCCGCUUGGCAGAGGAAGAGAGCCGUGUCCAGAUGUAUCUCCACGCCAGCACACACAAGCCAUUAAUCCAAAACUGUGAGACCGUUUUGGUCAAGGGCCACACUGAGAUCAUUUGGGAGGAGUUCCAGAACUUGUUGAACCAGGAUAAGCAGGAGGAUCUCUACCGUAUGUUCUCCCUUCUUCUCCGUAUCCCCAACGGCUUGGACCCUCUCCGUGCCCGCUUCGAGGCGCAUGUCCGCAAGGCUGGUUUGAGUGCCAUUGAGAAGAUUGCUGACGAGUCGACCGAGACCCUGGAGCCCAAGGUCUACGUCGACGCCCUCUUGGAGGUCCACAAGAAGUACAACGAUCUCGUCCAGACUGCCUUCCGCGGCGAGGCUGGCUUUGUCGCAUCAUUGGAUAAGGCUUGUCGCGAGUUUGUUAACCGCAACAAGAUCUGCAAGUCGUCGACCUCCAAGUCUCCCGAGCAGUUGGCUCGUUACUGCGAUUCCUUAUUGAGAAAGAGCUCCAAGAACCCCGAAGAGAACGAUCUCGAGGAGAUCCUCAACAGCAUCAUGACGGUGUUCAAAUAUGUCGAGGACAAGGAUGUGUUCCAAAAGUUCUACUCCAAGAUGUUGGCCAAGCGUCUGGUCAACGACACUUCGGCUUCAGAGGAUGCAGAGGCUGGAAUGAUUUCGCGUUUGAAGGAAGCCUGCGGUUUCGAGUACACUUCCAAGUUGCAGCGCAUGUUUACGGAUAUGGGACUCUCCAAGGAGUUGAACGAUGCUUUCAGGGACAAGAUGGCUCAGAACCACGAUGCCGCUGACUCGACCGUCGAUUUCUCCAUUCUUGUAUUGGGUACCGCCUCAUGGCCCCUCCAGGCUCCCACGACCUCGUUCAACUUGCCCGAUGAUGUUGUCAAGACCUAUGAGCGCUUCCAGGCAUUCUACCAAGCCAAGCACUCUGGUCGUAAAUUGAACUGGCUGUUCCAGCUCUCCAAGGCCGAUCUCAAGACCAAUUAUAUCAAGUCGAGCAAGACUGGUUAUUCGUUCCAGACUUCGACCUACCAGAUGGGUAUCUUGCUCCAGUACAACACCGGUGUCUCAUACUCGCUCGAGGAGUUGCAAACCCAGACGAACCUCAACCCCGAUAUCCUUUCCGGUGCUUUGGGUAUUUUGGUCAAGGCCAAGGUCCUCCUUCUCGGCAACGGAGAGAACGUCGGCGAUGCCCUCACCCGCUAUGACCUCAACAUGGACUUCAAGAGCAAAAAGAUUCGUGUCAACUUGAACUUGCCACUGAAGUCUGAGCAGAAGGUCGAGACGGAAGAGACACACAAGACGAUUGAGGAGGACCGUAAGCUGUUGAUGCAGGCCGCCAUUGUGCGUAUCAUGAAGACGCGCAAGGUGAUGAAGCACGUCGCUUUGAUGAACGAGGUGAUCACACAGCUCCAGACCCGCUUCAAGCCCCGUGUGCCCGAUAUCAAGAAGUGUAUCGAUGUGCUGUUGGAGAAGGAGUACAUUGAGCGUGUCGAGGGACAGAAGGACAUGUUCUCGUACGUCGCCUAA